AUGUCCAAUGAGGUGGAGCAAAUGAUGGCAGGCUGUGACGUCUGUGGUUGUUACCGUCACGACCAGCGAAAGGAACGUCUGAUUUCUACACCUUUACCACAGCUGCCGUGGAAACGAGUGGCGGCGGAUCUCUUUGAACUGCAGGGCGACCAUUAUUUGUUAGUAGCUGACUACUACUCACGUUUUCUGGAAGUCAGAAAACUGUCAAGUAUACGGGCCGUAAAUUUCAUCCAGGCCUUUAAAGGAAUUUUCUCUUGUCAUGGAAUUCCGAUAGAAGUUUUCAGCGAUAAUGGCCCCCGGUUCGUCAGUGCAGAGUUUCAGAAAUUUGCUACGGCGUACGGAUUUCAUCACAGAACGCCAUCGCCUUUACACCCCCAAGGUAAUGGAUUAGUUGAGCGUAGUGUUCAAACAAUCAAGAGUUUGAUGACAAAGGCCAAGUCUUCGGGAAAAGACUUCUUUCUUGCUCCGUUGGCAUAUCGGACGGCCCCACACGAAACAACGGGUGUGUCUCUGGCCCAUCUGCUAAUGGGUCGUCGCUUGCGUACCACAUUGCCCUCUCUUCCAGGAGUGCUUGCACCGGAAGUGGCCAGACGAGGUACAGUGCAAGAAACAGGUGAACGCAGUAAACAGCAGCAGAGGAAAUACUAUGACCAACGAACUGGAGCUCAACCACUUCGCCAGGUGGACAUUUAUGAUAGGGUGUUAGUCUGGGACAUAAAUACGCAAACAUGGAGGAUUCCUGCCACAGUCAUUCAGCAAUUUCAUGGACGUUCUUUUCAUGUGUGA